AAAAUAGCGCCAACUCAUGCCAAUCAAAAUUCAUAAAAGUUUAACUAGUUCCGGUACAGCGGCGCUAAUCAGAUUUGGAGUAUUCCGUGAUCCGUGUCUCAAAACUCUCCAUUGAGGAUCUCUAGCAAAAUGCAUUAGAAUUUGUAAUGAACUCCAUUGGUGAUUGGACUCCUUUCCACUGCUCUGUAUUGUGUUUUAUUGGUAUAUUAUUCUACUUUUUUGCAUUUAUAUAUCGGAAUGUUGUGAUUUUAUCAGUAUAUGCUUUAUAAGCUGUUCAUGGUACGCGCGUAACAUUUUCGAAAAUUGCUUAAAAAUUAGAAAAAGAAGAUGCCAAAACGCAAAUCGUCCGAAAGUGAUACUCAACCACGAAAAAGUAGAAGUGACAAGAAAACGAGAAAAUCAGGAGUCGAAACCGAAAAAUCCGGGAAUUCGAUGAAAAAACUGUUAGUAGAAGAUCCAAAUCAGUUUUCAGACUUGUGGGAGUUGAGCUACUUCGUUGUUCGAAAUGAUGGGGGAGCCGUGUGCCUCGUUUGUAGAAAGGUUCUGCCGUCAAUCAUAAAAUCUGAUAUUGAGCAACAUUAUUUGGAAUUACACAAAGAGCAGUUUAGUGAUUGCUCUUGCGAAGAUAAAAUUGAGAUAUUGAAAAAAUUGAAGAAUUCUAACUGCCUUCUUCCUUUAUUGGUGAAUUCACCAGGUCGACAAAAGCCUCCUAAAACAGUUCAAACGGUUCAAACUGAACUUGCAGAGAAAGAAAUCACUUCAGUGGAACGACGAAUGUCUGCUUCUUAUGCAAUUGCUCUCAGAAUAGCACAAGAAGGAAGACCCUUUACCCAUGGAUAUGCCAUUCAAGAAAGUUCCAUCGAAUAUGCUAGAUCGCUAGGCGAUAAAGAGAUGAUGAAGGACUACGAGUCAUUGGCCCUCUCAAAAACCACAGUGUCCAGAAGAAUUUCCGAACUAGACCUUAAUAUCGAGCGGAAGAUAAAGUCCCAAUUAGAAAACUGUCAAUAUUUCUCUCUCUGUUUGUGUGAGGAUAUCCGAAAGAAUCAUCUGAUGAUCUUCGCUCGCAUUACGCAAAGCGAUUUCACCACCAACGAAGAACUGCUCCACUUAACUUCUAUGCAGCAUUUUCUCAAAGAUGAUAGCAUUGUAGACUUUUUAGAACAGACCAUAAAUAAAUUUGGUAACUUUCUAAAGUGUUCGGGCUUGUCGAUGAGCAGAAGAAAAUUUGGAAUCAGUUUUGAGAACCUUCUGCAAAACUGUGGUAUCACCUGUCCGAAAUAUCCAUUCAAGGUCGAAAUCGAAACCCUGAUUGGAAAAGCGUUUGAAAAUAACCAAACUAUCAAGCGUAUCGAACAGAUUAUAAACUUAAUUAUGGAAAUGAAGGAGCCGAGUGGACAUUUGAAAGCGUUUGCAAAAGAAACUAAAAUGGUUUACCGACAAUUGGCGGUGCACUCGAAGCUGCUGUGGUUGUUCCAGGAUAAUUAUUUUGAAAAAAUCUUCACAUCACAAGAGGACAUCAUCCGUUAUAUUAAAAUCAAUGAUGAACCUGGCAGCGCUCACUGCCGAGAGUUCUUUGAGGACUCGCACUUCCUGAGUGAACUCGCUCUACUAGCGGAUUUGACGACUAUGAGUGAAAAAUUGAAUCGAAAUCUUCAGCAACCGGACCAAUGCAUAGCUGAUUUGAUCAACAAUAUUCGAGGGUUUCGAAACAAGCUUCAAAUAUUGACAAAGCAAAUAGAGAAAAAUGAAUUUGAUGAGUUACCCUGCUGUGAUCAGUUGGCAAAGAUGUGUUCGGUGAACUUAUCUGAGUUCACACCAAUCAUCCAAGGCAUGAUUGAAGAACUCAAUAAUCACUUUAGGAUUUUUUUCGAGAUGGAUGCUGACAUUAAGUUGUUUGAGAAUCCACUAUCGGUGAGGAUUGAAUACCAACGGCCAGAAUUACAAUUCGAGCUGUGUUAUCUGCAGGCAGACGCAGUUCUGAUUGGAAGAAGAUUACGGGGGAUUGAGUUUUUCAAAAUGUUGAACCAGGAACACUAUCCUAAAUUAAAGGACUUUGGGCUGAGAAUCUUCUCCAUGUUUGGAUCUUCGAAAAUCUACGAAACUGCGCAUUGCAUCAUUAGAAGUAUCGCAUCUGUUUAUUCUUCAAAGACGACUGACGGAUAUAGUGAGAUUGUACGUGUGGGAACCUCAACAACUCCGUUAGAUAUACUUGAGUUGGUCAGAAACCGAAAGAGUCUGGUAAAGCUUCAAAACAAAGUGUAAAAACUUAAGUUUUUAUGUUCUUUUACAUAUUUUUGUUAGUAUAGAAAUAAUUUUAAAUGUAGAUUAAUUAUUCAUAUUUCAACACUUUAUUUUUACUUUGAAAGUGAAUUUUAAUUUACAAUCGAAAGUUAUUCUAAUACCAAAUCGUGAUUGGAACUAAAGAUUUUGCGUUAAAAGCAGAAAUUAAAGAAAUUUGAACUUAAGAAACUAAAAGCGUCCAAAUUGUUGAGAGCACAAAUUAUGAAAUAGCAUACUUAAAAUUGUUUAAUAAAAUGCAGGACUAAUUAUGUUUUACUUUCUAAAAUUUUUAAUCUGGAUUCAAAAUAUACCAAAUUUAGUUUUCAUAGUAUUCGUUGCAAUGCAAAAUUGUAUUAUACUUUAAAUAAAUUUAAAUUCGAAUACUGAACUUAUUUAUCAAGAAUACCUCCUUUUAAUCAUGUUAAUUUUUCAAAUUAGAAAUUUUUAAUGAAAAAAAAGUUUUUGAAUAAAGAAUACAAAACAUGAAAAUAAACUUAAUAAUGUGUUUGUUUCAAUCUAGUAAUGUUCGAGUACAAUCUCAAUUUAGUAUCUUCAUUGUUUUACUGCUUGUUUAAUCCCAUUUUUUGCAACUGAAAGACGGUUAUAUUUAAAAUUUGUUGGAAUUUACGGAAUAUACCAUUUUUAUAUGAAAGAAUUUUUAUUUGACAUGUAUUUCUUUUGUUCGAACCUUCUUUCGCCGUUAUUUUUUUUCUAAACAUGUCACGAAUUAUUUCGCGUAAUUGUAAUUAAAAAAAAAGUCAUUAAAAACAAAUUUUUUUUACUAUAUUGGUACAUGUAACAUAGAAAUAUUAUAAAACAUAUAAAUAAAAUCAAGUUUAAGGUGGGCUUAAUGACAUGUGAUCAGAAGAAUGUUUUUCUUCUCAUAAAAUUAAAAAUGUGAGUUUUUCACGAAUACGUGAGAUGAAGAAAACACAAGAGUAAAAUUAAUUCUCGGAAAAAGUUUAGGAGAAAUAGGUUUAAAUCACAGUCUACUAAAAAUAAACAUCUCGUGAUCAUAAUGAUUUUCUUCUUCCUUAUUUUAUUUAGCUUAAAAUAUCGAUAUUUUCUAUUACCGCGAAUCUCUCGUUCGUAAAUCACAAUAAAUAUUUAUUUUUUGUACAUACAAACGUGAUGUUAAUUGCUAUAUUACAAUAAAAUGUACCAUUGUCGAUACGACAACGUAUUUGUUUAAAUUUAAAUUGGAAAAUAGUAUUUACAAGAGAAACUAAGUUAAGUUUCAAGUCCUAGUAGGCGACGAAAUCGAUGGGUUUCUAGAGCAAAUUUUGCAUGUGGGCACUGCCUUUUUUGUCACAUGACCAACGAGUGCUUUGUGGACUCCCAUACACCUUGUGCAGAAAACAUUUCCACAAGACCAGCAGUGGUACUGAAAAGAAAUAAACAAUUUAAAUUA